GUAUCUUUAUAGCCACCUAAUAUCUUAUUUUAUUUCAUUUCAUUUUGUUUAUAUUAUUUUUUGUUUGCUCUCAAAAUUGCAAAGUUGUCUUCGAGGGCGAUACAAUGGGACGCAAUCUGAAUGUGCAAAUCGAUCUGAAGGUGCUGCUGGCAAUGUCUAUGGCUGAGGGCAGCCACCAUGGCCAGUGGCGGAUGCAGUGCGGCAAUGUGAGAUAUGCCGUGCACUAUGCGCUGCUGAACGGUCUGCUCACAAUUCGACACCUACGCAGGCGGCGGAGCUCGCCCAGCCGAAAGAGUCGCUUGGCGAAGCGCUUGCGGCGCAUGAAGAAGCUGAAGAAACCAGCUCAGGUGACCCUUGAACAUGGCGGCACCCAAACCGUUGAGUCCAGGGUGAUGCAGCAGACCAAAGGCAGCCAAACCGCCGAUCCGGUGACGAACCAAAGGACCAAGGCCAGUCAAACAGCUGAAACAAUGCGGGAGACCAAAGGCAGCCAAACCUCUGAGCCGAUAUUGAGCCAAGACACCAAAGCCAGUCAAAUCCCAGAGUCGCCAAGGAUGCAAAGGGCUGAGGCCAGCCAAACCUCCCAAAUGGCAAUGGGCCAGAUGACCAAAUGCAGUCAAACGCAUCGAAUGGAGUACAGAACUGUGGAUGUGGACACAAUGGACCUCAUUCUGGUCUACUCCAGGUAUCAGCAGACGCUGGACCCCAAGCGCAAGUCCAUCGGCAGCCAGGGGGAGGCUCCAAACUGCAAUACCCGAUCCACGCAAGUGAUCCCCCAUACGGGGGACAACGGCAAUCAGACCACCACUGAGUUCUGCUGCACGGGCAUCCAGACAGUGCGGGAAAACGAGUGCGUGGCCGUGCAGACCACGGCUGAUAGCCGAUCCGUGCACACCCAGACCCUGGACGAUGGGCAGGAAGAGGAAGUGCUACAGCAGCCGCAGCUGGAUGCCUUGAACAUAAUCCAUCACGACUUUCAGAGCCUCACUGGCCUCAUCGAGAACGAGAUGAUCCAGAGCAUCAACAAGCUGGUGGAGAUCACGCUAAUGGAGGUGAAGGCGUUACGAUUAGCGGCCGAUCGGCCCAGAGGCGAGCUAAAUAGAGCCGCAACAGAUCGGGGAUGCACUUCCCCAGGAAAAGGCGGACAAGGCGAAGGCCAAGGGCAAGUCCAAAAGGGCUGCCUCUGGGAAGAAGCAUCGCUUUGGUCUCACCUUCACCAAGAGGCAUGCAAAAGCCCCACACUGCAACAUGCCACGGCACUGGAUGACCAUCGACUGCCAGGAAUACAGCACGCAGACCGAUGACUUGAGGGAGCUCGAGAGGAAGGUCGCAUCCACCCAGACCGAGAAGAAGAAGCGGCGGGGCUGGAGUUGGCAUUAGUUGGUAUGGAAACUAAAAAGGGAAGCAGGCCACGGACACUGCCGGACCCUACUCCCUACUCCCCACUCCCCACUCCCCACUCCUCAGUGACUUACCCGAGCAGCCAGGCCGCGGCAUGUGUCCUGCCCAUUGUUGCACUCAUGUCUCUCGCUGGGCUUAGCUUCUUCUCCUUUAGUUUUGUUUGUUUGUUUUGGCACUUUUUUGCUCGCAAGUUAAAUCAGAGACGACUCCCAAUCUGUGUGUGGGGCUGUGGCGCCAAACGGCUGGCCAAUGCAUCUAUGAGAAUCGCGUGAGUAACGACUGCAGCUUUGGGACUCAGGCUGCGACUGCCAGGACAGAACCGGGACC